AUGAUGUCACAAGAUUUUGUAUGUCUGUGUGUGGCUUCUGAAAUUAUUUUUUUUAUUCUUCAUAUAUACAAACUUGGUUUUUUUACAGUUAUUUGCAGGUUUGUAUUGAUGCUGAUGGCAGUAUUUGUCUUCCUAGCAUAUAAAUAGUGGAAAACAAGGAUAACAAUAGAUGGAGUCGAGAAGUUCCUGCAAAUGCAGCAAGUGCUAGUUCUGAUGAGAUAUGCAUAUACGAACAUCAUUGCUAUCACUGACCAUUUCAGAGACAAGCUCGGACAAGGUGGCUACGGUUCUAUAUACAAGGGAGUGCUACAGCGAGGUGAAGUUCAUGUUGCUGUCAAGAUGUUGGGCUACUCAAACUGUAAUGGAGAAACGUUCAUUAGUGAGGUGGCCACCAUUUGCAAGAUCCACCAUGUCAAUGUUGUGCGCCUCAUUGGGUUUUGCUCCGAGAACAAUAUCAGGGCACUUAUCUAUGAGUUCAUGCCCCGUGGGUCUCUCGAUAAGUACAUCUUCUCAUCGGAGAAGAGUUUCUCAUGGGACAAACUCAAUGAGAUCGCUCUGGGCAUUGCUAGAGGUCUCAACUGCCUGCAUCAGGGGUGUGAUAUGCAGAUUGUUCACUUUGAUAUCAAGCCACACAACAUCCUUCUUAACAGCAACUUUGUUCCAAAAGUUGCUGAUUUUGGGUUUGCCAAACUGUUCCCAAGAGACGAUAGUUUCAUGCCACUAAGUGCUACGCCAGGAACGGUAGGCUAUAUACACUACAAGAAACAAGGCAAAGAGUCCGACACUCUAAAAUCCGAUGUGUAGAGCUUUGUGAUGCUACUAUUGGAGAUGACGGGCGAGCAAAGGAACACAGAUCCUCAUGCAGGAAGCUCCAGUCAAGCAUACUACCCAUCCUUGGUGUAUAGCCAGCUGAGCCAAGGAGAUGCGAAUGGGAUCAGUGAAGGAGUUGAUAUGCACAAGUUAGAGAACAAGCUAUGUAUCAUUGGGCUUUGGUGCAUACAGAUGAAGCCACAAGAUCGACCGACGAUGAGAGAGGUCAUAGAGAUGCUUGAAGCUAGUGUCGAUGGCAUCCAAAUGCCUCCAAGGCCAUUCUUUUGUGAUGAUGAGGGUGAUAGUUCUUACUCUGCAAUCUCUAAACUUGAUAUAAUAGAAGAGUAG